AUGCUGGCUCCGAUCGUAACCAAAGACAUGAAGUUGUUUCCAUCGCGGCCUCUCCCUCCUCGCAUCAAGAACGUGAGGAGUCGAGCGCAGAGUCUCCAAGACUUCGCCGACGCCAAUGCUCGAAAACAACAGGUGCAACAACAACAGAAGACGCGACAACGGAACGCCCAAAGUGUGGGGAACUUGGCCUCGGGCAAGGGAUCGCCGCCCAAGGGUUCGAUCAUCAAGAGGAAACCCCUUGACGCCAUCGCCGAGGGCGUUGAAAUGGCCCCUCCUUUGGCGCCAACGACCGCUUCGACGCCGGCCAUGUGCCAGUCCAGCUUCUCCACUUGUCUGGCCAGUCCGUCGAGUCCGGCCGACGAGCCAACUCCCGAGCGACAUGGCAAGCUGGCCAAGUAUCCGGUGGUCGAUUUGGCGCGGAAAAACGAUGAGAAUCGACCCGAGUCCGUGAUGUCUACAGUUUCUUCCUGUCCCUCGACGUCUGGAGACAAAUUGGAGAGGAAUUCAUCGGCCAGAUCGUCAACAAAAUCCACAGAUUCGAGUAAGGAUAAGACCCCGAUUACAGCUGGGCUUUUGAAGUUCAUCACCAAUUCAUUGAAGGGCUCAAAAAAGGAACGGAAAUGUCAUCAGGAGGCGAAGAAACGGUCGGAACAGCAGCCACCGGCUAGUCCCACAGUCCCAUGA